AGGUGACGUCCUCGUGUGAUUCCUAAAAACCCCUUCUCGCUCCUAUUACAUUUCAAAAAUUGAAAAUUCCCACCGUUGCCCUCUUCUGCCCUCACUCUCUCUCUCUCUCUCUCUCCCCAUCGUGAUCGUCUUUCAGAAUUCUUGGUUCACCGUGAUCGUCUUUCAGAAUUCUGGGUUCACCGUGAUCGUCUUUCAGAAUUCUGGGUUCACCGUGAUCGUCUUUCAGAAUUCUGGGUUCACCGUAAUCGUCUCUCAGAAUUAUGGGUUCAUCGUGAAUUCUGGGUUCAUCGUGAUCGUCUUUCAGAAUUGGGGGUUCAUCGUGAUCGUCUUUCAGAGUUCUGGAUUCAUCGUGAAUUCUGAGUUCAUCGUGGUCGUCUUUCAGAAUUCUGGGUUCUUUACGAAUAUGGCAGCCCUAAAAGAAGGGCUUGAGGCCUUCCAAAAAUACGUCACUGCAUGCUUUCGUGAAUUGCUGGACCGCCCUGAUCUUCUUUGUAUAUCCUGGGUUCAAAAAUUGUUAGAUUCAUUGGUCUUGAUCAUGGGAAAAUUCAACUCUCUAAUUUCUGAUAACAGGUCAUAUUUGAAAGAAAUAGAAAUGAAGCAAUUGAUUUGGCUUCAUAAACUAAGGUGCGACAAAGCUUUGAUGGUGAUCAAAGCUACUUUGGACGGACUAAUAUUCAUAAGACAUAGCAAAGCUAGUUUGGAAGUCUUUUGCUCUGUUUUAGAUGUUAAAAAAUUUGAUACCAUUCUGAGUGCAAGAGCCUCCUUGGAUGAGUUUAUGGAGAUUAUGAAUCACGAGAAAGAGAGCAAUAAAGCUAUUCAAAGGUUUAGGAUUGAAGGUAGACUGGGGUUGCAUCCAUACAGAUUAUUCACUUGGCACACUGAAGAAGAGUUCUCCGUGGCACGAGAAUUAUUUCUUUUUGGCAAGCAUUUUGUAACCCCCACACAAGUUCAGAUUGCUAAAACUGGAGGUCUUGCCCAUGCACUUUUUUCGAUGGGUUAUGUAAUUUUUUUUGCUAUGUGGGCGUUGGCGGCAGCGAUUCCUUGCAGAGAUAGAGAGGCUAGUGGUGCAGUAUUUCGCCGGAAUUCUGUCUAUAGAUACACUUGGUUUUCCCCUUUGAUUUUGCUACGUGACAAAAUUGACAUUGUUGGGAAGAGGGCGGAUAAGGUGAACUGCUCUGGGUUACUUAGUGAGCUGUGUGAUAUGGAAAUGCAUGCUAAAGACUUAAAUGAGAUGAUUGUCCGGUUGAAGGACCCGUUGACUGAGGAAGAGAAGGCAGAUCUCUCUCGCAGAGUAGAAGAGCUAAAAGGGGUUUUGGCAACAAUGAAUGACAGACUCUACCCAAGUCGCAGAAUGAGUAACUCUUUUGAUGCACACCUUAAAAAGGUGUCCAGCACCAUCGGUGUUUUUCGAGCUGAUGUUGCACAUUGGAAGGACAACCCCCUUGGUACUGAUAGCUGUGACGCAGACGUAAAGUACUGGAAAAAGUUCUUUGCAGAGUGAGGGCGAUCUGAACUGAAGCGCUUAUCUUUGGCUUCAUGUGGCUGGUUUUAACCUUUUUGUUGCUCAGUUCAUGGAUUUGAGGAAAUUUUGAUUUGGCUAAAUCACACACAAUCUGACGGCUAGACGUCUUAUAAUUGCUUUGGUAGUUGUUCUAGUGCUGUAUAUUUUUGGUCCCCCAACAAAGCCAUAUAGCUGUUGCUACUUUUGCAGCUUCUUAAAACCUUCCUUUGUUACCUAAUGUGGUAGUAGUCAUUGAUUGUCAUUCUUUGAACACGUGUGAUGGGGAUUUACAAUAGUAUUUUCAUGGAUUUAUUCCCGGUUUUCCAAGGAGACCAACAAAGUGUUUGGAAUGAUUUUAUUGCCAUGAAUAAGUAUGUUAGAUACUUGCUUAUUGCCUUUGUACUACCCUUCUUCGUUUC